AUGGCUAAGCCGAUGCCUCCUACGGGUUCCGUCCUUGACACGAUUGGCAAUACACCAGUUGUUCAAUUGAGCCAUAUCACACCGCCUACAUCUGCGAAGGUCUACUUGAAACUGGAAGGUUACAAUCCUACCGGCUCGUACAAAGACCGAAUGCCACGAGCCAUGAUCGAGGAAGUGGAGCAGAGAGGUGUGCUGAAACCAGGCAUGUCAGUCGUAGAAGUCACCGGCGGAAGCACAGGUUCUGCUCUAGCCUUCGUCUGCGCCAUCAAGGGUUACAACUUCGAAGUAAUAUCAUCUCCCAUCUUCGCGGAGGAAAAAUUGAAGACCAUGCGGGCAUUCGGCGCCAACCUCCAUCUUGUCGAAAGUGCUUCUGGCGGGCAUGAUGCAAAUCUUUUCCCGGAGAUGAGAAAGCUGGCUGCAAAGCUGAAUGAGAGGAUAGGGAGUGCUGGCAUGCUCAAGGGCGUAGCCCGGGUUUUGAAGCACUCUUUCGGCAACGCCAGAAUCGUCGCUUUAGAACCCACUUAUUCUCCAAUCCUCACGAAGGGAUACACUGGACACCAUAAUAUCGAUGGAAUUGGCUCGGGCGCUAUUCCGCCGCAUCUGGAUCCCAAGAUGUAUGAUGAAGCCAGAGCGUACGAUGAGAAGGAUGCGAGAGAGAUGUGUAGGAGGUUGGCGAGGGAAGAGGGGCUUUUGGUGGGGACUUCGACUGGGCUCAAUGUGCUUGCUGCGCUGAAGCUUGCCGAAGAGCUGGGGCCGGGCAAGGUUGUGGUUACGGUGGGGUGUGACACGGGGUUGAAGUAUUUGAGUGGAGAUUUGUUUGUCGAGAAGACGGCGGUGAAUGGUGAUUGA